CUCCGCCACCGUCAACCUUCUCGGCGAAGGAAUCGGAACCCUUAUCACUUAACUUCAACUCACCGUCACUUCAAUUCUCGAGCAGUAAUGGGCGGCGAUACGAUUUCUCCCUCGGAUUCCUCCAUUGACGAUGAAGACGUAAUGAAAAAGCAACUCGCUGAUCGUUUGAGUAAAAAACCCUAUUCACGUCCUGGUGGUUUGAUCGGCGGCAAGACAGCGGAAGAUAAUAACGAAUCCAUAUUUGGGGAAAAAAUUUCUAGGAGUUUAAGAGAUCCCUAUAAAUGCUUGGAAAGUGAAGCAAACGAUAGGCGAAUGAACAACGCUUAUGCUCAAGUUCUUCAGAAUUACGAUGAAUUGAAUCAUCGAGUUGUGAAUAUGGAGGUGGCUAAAAGCAAAGUUUUGAGCUAUACCCCUGGAUUAUGGGUAGAAAAUGUAGGUGGCAUGACGAAGAGCGACUAUGAUGUGCCAAUAACAACAACCCUUCUGUUGAUCGGUCCAAAAGGAUCCGGGAAAAGUAGUCUCGUUAACAGGAUCUCGAGGGUGUUUGAAGAUGACAAGUUUGCACCAGAAAGGGCCCAAGUUACAUAUAAUUCACGCAGCACGAAUGGAACUUUGUUCCUCCAGGAGUACAUGAUACCAAGAAGUUCAACUUCUUUCUGCUUGUACGACACUCGCAGCUUUUCCGGUGAUUUAUCUGAAAAUCUGGAGAUGAUCAAGCGUUGGAUGAAGAAAGGCGUGUCUCAUGGAGAACUGGUGAAAAGUGCCUCCGAUAGUUCAAGUUUACAGGCGAGAAUGAAGAGAAAAGCGCGCCAAAAUGAACUCGUCUAUUAUGAAAGAAGGACGGUUAACUUUGUUAUAUUUGUGGUAAAUGGGCUUUCGGUUCUGAAAUGUGUGGAAAGCCAUGGAGUAGACACACAGUAUACACAAAUGGUUGCUGAGCUAUUUGGUUCACCAUUUUUGUCUUUCAAAGAUCAUAAACCUGCUAUUGCAAUCACGCAUGGAGAUCUACUUUCACUCUCUGAACGUGCACGUGUUCGUAUUUAUUUGGGAGAGCUUCUCGGUGUUCAUCCAAGUAAACAAACUUUUGACGUUCCAGAUAACUCAGAAAGAACGACCGAUUUGACUAUCAUUGACAUGGUACGCUAUGCUCUCGAGCAUGCAGAUAGGAACCUUCCUUGCAAAGGCGAACCUUUGAUAUUCAAGGAUUCUAUUCCGGUAUGGGCAUGUUUACUACUGCUAGUAGCCCUAGGAAUCAUCAUCAUUACAAAUCGUCUAGCUCAUGGCGAAAGUAUUCCUGAACCAAGCGUGGAAGUAGAUUGGAAGACCAUUCGACACCUUUGGUCCGAGUAGUUUCGUCAUUUGUGUGCGAUAUCGGUGCAACCACCGAUCAGGUGUGCGUAAAUAAAUCUCAAUCUAUCUAGAACCGAGUAAGUUGUAUGAAACACUCAGGUGCGCGUAAAUAAGUUUCAUCUCCAUCUACA